AUGUCUUCAGUCGAGCCAUCUGAGAAAAUAGACCUACUUGUGAGUAGUCUUGAGAGAAACCUUGAAACUUUUAAGUCAGCCCAUGACCUUUUGAAUCUAAGUAAAGAACAGUUGAAGAAUGAAGGUACGUUCACCCCAUUAGAUAUCAGAUUAAAGAAAAGAAACUACAUCGUUGAUUCUUUCAAAUUGGACAAAUCGCAUAAGGAAUACAAGGACUGGGAAAGUGAAACUAGGUUGCAAUUUAUCAAGGAGGAUAUUACAAAUUACAACCAAGUCGUGGGUAAAAUAGCCAAAGUUAAUCAAAAGUUGAACGAAUCAAGCAAUUCUUAUGAAGCUUUGGCAAAAACAAUCAAAAUACCAGACUUUACAGUAAGCAUCAAGACUUUGGAAAAUUACGGUGAUGAGAAAUUGUUGAAACUAGGGAAACUGUAUGGUACGACGAACUUGCAAUUGGAACAAUUAUUUUCACUCAAUCCUGGUCACGAAAGUAAACUUCUUUUCCCUGAUUUUUCAAUAAUUCAACGCUUAAUCAACAUAGAGUUUAGGCUACGGGUUGAGAAAAGAGUGCAUUUGGAAAUUUUGAUGUUGAUGAAGAACAAAAUUCAGACACAAAAUAGGACAUGGACAGUAAGAGAUAAUCAAUUGAAAGAGUUUUUUGAUAUCAAGGUACAGCAAAUGAUUGAAUCGGUUGAAAUGGCAAAUGCAGAGGAUAGUAAAGCGAAAGACGAGGAGGACGAUGACGAAGAAGAUGAAAGUGAAAGUGAAAGUGAAGGUGACGAGGGAGAAGCUGAUCAAGGGCCAAUGGAUAGUGAGGAUGAUGUGGAUGAAGAAAGAGACACCAUAAACAUUGAAAAACUGUCUAGAGCCGAAAACGACGGAGCUGUAUCGGAAUUUGAGGAAAACAUAGAAAAGAAGAGGAGUGAGAUAGAUAGAUCAGAGGUGGUAUAUCGUCAUGAGUCUGAGGUGCAUACGAACGAGACAGAACCAAGUAAUCAAAAUGAAGGUACCAAUACUCAACCAUUAGUGGAGUCUGACAACGACGACGAAGAGAUGUUGCAUUGA